GAAAAAUAAAAGUUAUUGAAGUUUUAAGACUAAAUUAUGGCAAUAGAUGGAAUUUGCUCAACGGAAUAUUGGAAUAUAGACCUCACAUGGAACACAUACUUUCCCAUUUUUACUCCAUGCUUUCUUAAAAUUGCUUUGAUAUGGGGUCCUGUUGCAUUUUUUUGGAUUUUUACUCCCACGGAGAUAUAUUACACAUCAAAAAGCAAAGAAAAGAAGAUUCCUUGGUCUACUUUAAAUAUUGCAAAAUUGUUGACAUCAGUGCUUCUGCUAAUUUUGUCAGCUAGUGACAUGUGCUUUCAGAUGUUUUUGUAUACUAGAACUGCUGUACCACCAGUUGAUUACUAUACUCCAUUUCUGCUAUUUGUGACAGUUGCAAAAAACACAAAUCCUAUUUACAAAUCCAUCCACGCUCUGCUGCACUCCUCUAGUCUCGUUCACCCCGAGUCCCCUGUUCUAGUCUCGAACGCAGUUCUAUCAGAGAUCGGGAAACUCCGAUAUCCUCGAAAGCAGACACCACAUCCCUCCCCACUUAUUUAG